CCGGUAGCCGUAGCCUUCCCUGGCGGCCCUGUCAGCAGCAACUGGCAGUGCCUGGCACCCGGCCCCCCUCCCUCCACAGCACCUGCAUCCCAGCACCCUGAUCCAAACACCCCGAGCACCACCCCCAGCACCCUGAUCCAAACACCCCGAGCACCAGGUGCCCACCCCCAGCACCCUGAUCCAAACACCCCGAGCACCAGGUGCCCAUCCUCUGCAUCUCCCCAAACAUUAGCAACAUCCCCUAUCAGCAGCAGCCGCAUCAGUAGCCAUAUUCCCCCAGCACGAAUCCAUUAAACAGAAGCCGCAUCCCCAGAGCAGCAUCUUCCCUAACAGUAGCCGCAUCCCCCGCCCGCUGCAGCCCUCCGGUCCCCGCCCCGGUCCCUGUUUCCCUGCCAGUGACAGCGGCCGCAGUGCAAUGAAUGAGCAGCAUCCGCAUCCCCGCACAGACUAGGCGUUUCCUGGAAUCCUCCACAAAGAGCGUUAUAACCCCUGAACCUCUGGCUCAUACCCACAGCUGUUUACACAUCCUGGCAUCUCCCUGGCACCCAGUCUGCUGCUGCCCUCUGUAUACACAGCCAUGACUGGCAUGGGCACUCUGCUAUGGGUAUUUUACAGUUUCUAAGUAUCUGCAUCCAGGGACCUAUGCCCUAUAUAUUUCUCUGCUCUGCAACAAAAAGGUGAGGUGCUGGGAUCAUAAACAGGAGCACCAGACACCCAAGCAGUGGGGGACAAGAUGAGUAAUAAAUCAAAGAGCAGUGAGUCGCUCAAGGUGGUGGUUCGAUGCCGUCCCAUUAACAGGAAAGAGGAGGUCGCUGGUUGCGACAGGAUAGUGACCAUGGAUGUUAAACUGGGGCAGGUAACCAUACGGAAUCCCAGGGCUGGACCUGGAGAGCUGCCAAAAACAUUCACCUUUGAUGCUGUUUAUGAUGCCAGUUCCAAGCAGGCCGACUUGUAUGAUGAGACGGUUAGGCCCCUUAUAGAUUCCGUCUUGCAGGGAUUUAAUGGGACCCUGUUUGCUUAUGGGCAGACGGGCACAGGGAAAACCUUCACCAUGCAGGGUGUCUGGUCAGAGGCAGAUAAAAAGGGAGUGAUACCCAACACAUUUGAACAUAUUUUCACCCAUAUCUCCCGGUCUCAGAACCAGCAGUAUUUGGUGAGGGCAUCUUAUCUGGAGAUUUACCAGGAGGAGAUCAGAGACCUUUUGUCUAAAGAACAAAACAAGAGGCUUGAACUGAAGGAGAAUCCAGAGACUGGGGUUUAUAUUAAGGAUUUAUCCUCUUUUGUGACCAAGAAUGUGAAGGAGAUAGAGCAUGUCUUGAAUUUAGGAAACCAGGCUCGGUCUGUUGCCUGUACCAACAUGAAUGAGUACAGCUCUAGGUCCCACACCAUAUUUGUUAUUACAGUGGAGUGUAGCGAGAUAGGUGUUGAUGGAGAUGAACAUAUCCGAGUUGGGAAACUCAACUUAGUGGACUUGGCUGGCAGUGAGCGACAGAGUAAAACAGGAGUGAACGGUGAUCGGCCAAAAGAAGCUUCUAAAAUCAACCUCUCACUUUCAGCAUUGGGCAAUGUAAUAUCUUCACUGGUGGAUGGCAGAAGCACUCACAUUCCUUAUAGAGACUCUAAGCUGACCCGUUUACUUCAGGACUCUCUAGGUGGCAAUGCAAAGACCAUCAUGGUGGCCACACUGGGUCCCUCAUCUCACCAUUAUGAUGAAACUUUGUCCACUCUCAGGUUCGCCAAUAGGGCCAAAAACAUCAAGAACAAACCAAGGAUCAAUGAAGACCCCAAGGACACUUUGCUUAGGGAAUUCCAGGAAGAGAUUGCCAGGCUGAAGGCCCAACUGGAGAAGCGAGGCAUGCUAAGCAAAAAGAGACGAAGGAAUAGCCGUAGAAAAAAAUCAGUGGAUGGAGAUGGAGCACCUGAUACUGAAGCAGAAGACGAGAAUGAGGACAACCUAAUUGACAAGAAUGUGGGGAGUUACCUGAAAGAGCAGGCCGAGAGGCUAGAGCAGGAGAAAGCCGCCAUCCAGGAUGACCACAGCUUGUUGGCCGAGGAAAAGCUGAAACUAAUUGAAGAAAAGGAGAAGAUGAUGGAGGAUCUGACUAAGGAGCAAAAAGCUACAGAGAUGCUGGCUGUGAAAUUUAAGGCAAUGGAGAGCAAGCUGCUGAUUGGAGGGAAGAAUAUCAUGGACCAUACGAACGAGCAGCAGAAAAUGCUGGAGAUAAAGCGUCAGGAGAUAGCAGAACAGAAACGUAGAGAGCGGGAAAUGCAGCAGGAAAUGCUCGUGAGGGAUGAGGAGACGGUGGAACUGCGAGGAACCUACACAUCUCUGCAGCAGGAGGUGGAGAUGAAGACGAAGAAACUCAAAAAGCUGUAUGCCAAGCUGCAGGCCGUAAAGGCCGAGAUACAGGAUCAGCACGACGAGUACGUGCGGGUGAGACAGGACCUGGAACAGGCACAGAACGAACAGACGCGGGAGCUGAAAUUCAAGUAUCUGAUUAUAGAGAACUUCAUCCCGCCAGAAGAGAAGAACAAGAUUAUGAACCGGCUUUACUAUGACUCUGAUGAAGACCAGUGGAAAUUUCAGCCCCUUGUACCGCCGGGGAACGCCAGUGGAGGAGGCAGCACAAUGAAAAGACGACCGUCUUCAGCAGUAGGGUACAAGCGACCCAUCAGUCAAUAUGCACGGGUUGCCAUGGUGAUGGGGUAUCACCCCAGAUACCGGGCUGAGAACAUUAUGUUCCUAGAGCUGGACCUCAGUCCUCCUGCCGUGUUUGAGAUGGAUUUCUCCAAAGAUCGGACGGAACAAGAUCCACGCACUCUGCACUUGGAAAGGUUAACUCGCUUGGACAGUCUUAUGGAGCGUCCGGCAGCCGUGAGAGUUCGGAAAUCUAGAUCCUGGUGCCAGCAGCCUCGGCCUCUCCCCUCCUCGGCCACCCACAUCUCUCUUUCCUCCAGCAGUCAGAGGCGUCCUCUGUCUCCAACCCACGAAUGAUGACCUAACUUCAUUGCAGCAUUUGCCAUGCCCAGUGUGCUACUGGAGGCUUCGCUUCUUCCGGACUGAGAGGCACCGGAUUGUCACGCCUGCUGUUCAUCUGGUGCCAGGGGCAGAGACCUAAUAGGGGGAUGGGACAUUAUGACCACUUUUAUUUAAAGAUGUACAAUAUUUAUUUAUUUAUUUAAUAUUUAUGUGGCUAGGAAUCUGCUGCCGGUUUCUGCCAACUUAUGUUUUCAAUGGCACCACGGGAGGCAGAAGUUUAACCAGUGGCAAAUGGACUUGCAGUCUCGGGACUGUUACCCACACAUGUGCAAAUGGCACUUGCUUAAAAAACUAUUCCACUCAAGUAAUUCCCAGUGACGUGGAUAAUCCAAGACGGAAAUUGUCCUACUAUGUUCUGUUUUUCAACCCCAUUGCCAAGAAAUAAAUACUACAAGAUGUCCAGGAAAUAAUCUACAUUGUAGCAUCAAGAGCCAGGACUGGCGCAAUCGUCCUUAUUCUAAGCAGCAUAUCCAGCUCAGCACAUGUGGGACGUCACUUUUUCUGGUGUGUCCGAUGUCAUCCAGAGGAUUUGGCAUACAGUCUUGCACUUCAAAUGCCAGUGCCUUAUCUCAAGGCUUCUUACCAUCAAACCUUGGCCUUUUUAAGGAUCUUAUAGACUAUUCAUCUUCUCUCCAUUUGGAAUUGCAUCUGCUCAUGGAGGUCAUCUGCCGCAGGUGCCAAUAUGAUGCGUUGUGUACUUUAAUCAGAUGGAAAAACCAGAUUAUGAGACUCUUGUUUCAUUAUUUUACCUCUCAUACCACAUAUGUGUAAUUAAGUUGCAACACAAUAUUACGAGAGCUUAAAUAUUCUGAUACUUGGGAACAAUUCACUGAUUAUUCUAUACUUUUUUGAAAAUUCAAGAUGAAGUUGUUAUUGGAUGAAUCAGACCUUAUUGCAUUUGCUUAAAAAAAAAAUACUUUGCCAUUAGGCCAGUCAUUCUGUCACACAGAAGAUAUAAGGGCUAGGGCCAUUAACUGUUAUUUACAUCAUAGACCUUAACGACCAAUACAGAACUAAUUAAUAUAAAUGCAUUAAACGCCACUCAUCUCCAUAAGUUGCAAGCCAGGGAAUUGGUAAUAUUUGGAGCUGACUCCUUAAAAAUCAUUGAUCUAUAUUGUAACUGAAUUCUAAUGGAUUCUGCAUUCUAGUUGAGGAUACAAUGCCAGGAAAUGUUUUUUUUUACAUAUUUCUGCCAGACAGAGUUGUAAACUGUUGUAAAGCAAUGGAUUUAAAAGCUUUGUGGGGUAAGAGAAGAAACGUUCAACUUACUGGAAAUUAAUAUUAGGCAUUGUGCAAUAAUGCUGAAUAUCUCUAUGCAGUCCCAAAUCCUUAAUCUCCCUACAAUGAAAGUAACAUAACAUAUGGUAACCAAAUUCUAUGCUAUCUGCAUAGCCCACACAGCACAAGGAUCAUUUGUUUUCUGGGUAUUCUUAUCUCUGAAAGGCUUUAGUGAGACAGCUCAGACAUUCUAGACUAGUAGCAGAUGUAAUGGGCACAUGAUAUAUGCCAGCCUGGAUGGUCACAUUUCUGUCUUCAAAGACGACCCUGAAAGUUGCAGAGAAUCUUGUCACAUGUAGUAUAAAUACCCUUGUUCUGUACCAUUAGCACUUAACUCAGAUUCACUAUCAUUUGCCACCUGUGAUAGCACCACACUGGUUUAUUCCUUACUGUGUCUUUGUGUGUCAUCUAUGGAUCAUUGCUAUGUUUGUUACUGCAGAGAGAUGGCACUAUCUUGUCCAAACAUCCAUAACAAUGUCACCCAGUUGUGUUAAAACUUCCUGAUGGAAUUAUCUAGUUGUGUUCAUGUCUAGGCCUGUGUAUAAUGAUGUCUAGCUGUGUUAUGACCCAUGAUCAGUGGUGAUUCUAGACCUUUUAGUUUUGGGUUAGUUAGUAGUGGAAAAGCUAAAUAAUAAAUGGUUGCUGGUGGCAUUGGUGGGGUCCACCAUUUUCUUCUA